GCGGUGGUCGCCUGGAGUCCCCCGACGACGCGAGAGCCAUCCUCCUCUGAUCAAACCAUUCCACCAACCAACGCCGAGGAAUAGCCAACAAGAUGGAGGACUUGCUAGAUCUACAGUCGAUUCGAAGGAUCCUGAUGCGACUCGAAGACACUAUCACUUUUCUCAUGAUCGAACGUGCACAAUUCGCUCACAAUCAAGUGAUCUACGAAAAUUCUAGUAAAUUUACUGGACUCGAUCAGGAUUCUAAUGAGCCGUCUUUUCUGGGUUGGAUGUUGAGACAGACAGAAACUACACAUGCAAAAGUGAGAAGAUACGAAGCACCAGACGAAUAUCCGUUUACUCCAAAGGAAGAGCUCCCUCAACCCAUCUUACCCAUGCUGGACUUUCCGAGAGUCUUGCAUCCUAAUAAGAUCAACAUCAACUCGAAAAUCAAGGAGUUCUACAUCAACAAUAUCGUCCCGGUUCUUACAAAAAGAGAAGGACGUUCGAACGAUGACGGCCAUUAUGGGAGCUCAGCUACUAGAGACGUGGAGAUCUUACAAGCUGUCUCUCGAAGGAUCCAUUACGGAAAGUUUGUCGCCGAAUCGAAGUUCAGAGAUCAUCCACAGGAUUUCAUUCCCCACAUCCGUUCACGCAACAGUGCAGCCUUAGAAAACUUGAUCACCAAGCCGGCGGUCGAAGUAGCGCUGAUCGAACGACUGAGCAAGAAAGCAUUAACGUAUGGCCAGGAGAUUUCUGACGUCAAUCAUCAGCAGAAUGGGGUCGGAGUCAAACACAAGAUGGACGCGAAAGUGGUCGUCGAGAUGUACAAGAAUUGGGUGAUCCCACUGACUAGACAAGUCGAAGUCGAAUACUUGUUAUGCAGGCUCGAUGGGCUUUCUAAGGAGGAGCUAGCCCGGCUUGAUUCCCAGUAACAUCACGCCGACGCAUUCCAUUCCAAACAUUAAUAACAAAAAUGAAAACAUAAAAGACACUUUCCUUUUCCUCCGGAGAAAUCUGGUCCAUCCAUCAUCAAGUCAAGUGCUCGUUUUAGUCCAUCGGUCCAUUAAUACUCGCCCUCAAGAUGUGUGCAUGGGUUUUUCGGACUUCCUGUUUUCCCUUCCAGUAGAUAAUGUGCAUAACCUCGCUUAUAGAAUUCUAUAGAAAUUUGCAAUCCAAUCUGUCAUUAUAGAAUUAGAUUUCUACAUGUUUACAUAGAUAUCAUCUUUCUCAUCAUAGAGCGCUUCAAAGUCAUCACAAUUUCACAAUUUCCUUUUUUGUUAUAUCCUUUUUUUCAGUCCCAUUGCCAUAGAAAAUCAAAAUCAGAGAAACAACUCCAAUCACAUACCAGGCGUUUUUGGAGACCCAGGACACUAUUUUC